GCAGAGCCACGGGGGGUUUCUGAGCUGAGGCUCUGGCGGAGGGGAAUUCCAGCCUCAGACUUCCUGUCUCAGCUGUUUCUGGGUUCCUGCCCUGCUGCCCCCUCCCCCACAAGGGCAGAUGGGCCAGCCCACACCGUAUGCAAAUCGUGGGGAAAUUCACCUCUGUUUCCUUCUAAGGGAAUUUUUCUCUAGCCGGGCCCAGCCCUGGCAGAUCUUUUCACCUGGGUAGCCUGGCUUUGACCCAGCCCUCUGUCCUAGGGUGGGAGCCACUGAGUCUCUUACCAGGGUCUAGUUAGCCAGGCUGAGGGGCCUUGACCUUCUGGGCAAACAGGACUGCGGUGGGGGUGGGAGGAUAUCUGGUUUUCCUGUGCUGACAGCUUCCUCCAUGGCAAUGAGAGGGCCUGAAGGUAGCUGUCGAGGCACUCCCGGCCUGGGAGGGCUGUCUGUGAUGUUCCACUUCUGCCAAGAGCAAGGCUCUGACUCCCUGCCCCGGGGACAUUCUGAAGACUAGGGCUAGAGUUAAGAGACAGAAGCUGAGCCCAGGCCUGGGGCCCCUGGGUUGCCUUCCUAUCCCCACCAGCAAGAUCUGAAGUUCAUGAGGAGAAACGGCUCCCAAACUUGAGUUUGUACCAAGUGUUAGGAGGGAGGGGCAGGCUGAGAUCAGACUUGCCCCAGCCAAGGCUUUUGAUGCACAAAGGCAGUGCGCUGACCUGGAAGCCCUGGCAUUCCAUGAAGUCCCAGGGCUUGAAGAUACUGGCCUAGGAUGGGGCAUUGCAUGUACACACGUGUGUAUAGGAGGAGCCAUGGGAACAAGGAGGUCUUCUCCUGCCGGGGCAUCCUGCUGGCCGUGAACUGGUUUCUGGAGCGGGGCCACACAGACAUCACGGUGUUCGUGCCAUCCUGGAGAAAGGAGCAGCCCCGGCCCGAUGUGCCCAUCACAGACCAGCACAUCCUGCGGGAACUGGAGAAGAAGAAGAUCCUGGUGUUCACGCCGUCGAGGCGCGUGGGUGGCAAGCGAGUGGUGUGCUACGAUGACCGCUUCAUCGUGAAACUGGCCUUCGAGUCUGACGGGGUGGUGGUUUCCAACGACACCUACCGGGACCUCCAGGGCGAGCGGCAGGAGUGGAAGCGCUUCAUCGAGGAGCGGCUGCUCAUGUAUUCCUUCGUCAACGACAAGUUCAUGCCCCCUGAUGACCCCCUGGGCCGUCACGGGCCAAGCCUGGACAACUUCCUGCGGAAGAAGCCACUCACGGCUGAUCACAGGAAGCAGCCAUGUCCCUAUGGAAGAAAAUGCACCUACGGAAUCAAGUGCCGGUUCUUCCACCCAGAGCGGCCGAGCCGCCCCCAGCGCUCCGUGGCGGACGAGCUCCGUGCCAAUGCCCUGCUCUCGCCCCCUCGGGCCCCCAGCAAGGACAAAAGUGGCCGGCGACCUUCAUCUCCGUCUCAGCCUGGCUCUCUGCCCCCAGAGCGUGAGCAGUGCAGCCUGGAAGGGAAGAAACUGGGAGCCCAGGCAGCCCCAGGGUCCCACCGAGAAGGUCUGACCCAGACCUUUGUCCCAGUGACCACAGGCAGGAGCCUCCCACCCAGUGGGGGCAGCGGCAGCAGCUUUGGGGCCACGGACUGGUUCCCACAGACCCUGGAUUCCCUCCCGUACACUUCUCAGGACUGCCUGGACUCAGGCAUUGGCUCCCUGGAGAGCCAGAUGUCAGAACUGUGGGGGGGUCGAGGAGGGAGCCCUUAUGCUGGCUACAACCCCUAUGAGGCUAAGCUCCCAGCUACUCCGGCCUUCUCUCCAGCCUUCGGGCGGGCUGUGGGUGCCGGCCACUUCAGUGUCCCUGCCGACUACGCACCUCCACCGGCGGCCUUUCCACCUCGAGAGUACUGGUCUGAGCCAUACCAGCUGCCCCAACCCACCCCAGUGCUGCAGGAGCCCCAGGUGCCCAGCCCAGGGGCUGACAGGGGCACAUGGGGUGGGGCAGGCGGCCUGGCCAAGGAGCGAGCCAGUGUGUUUACCAAGCUGUGUGGCGUCUUCCCCCCACGCCUGGUGGAGGCCGUGAUGGGGCGCUUCCCACAGCUCUUGGACCCCCAGCAGCUGGCUGCCGAGAUCCUCUCCUAUAAGUCCCAGCACCCCAGUGAAUAGGAAACCCUCCCAGGGCUGUCCGGCUGGACUGCGGGCCAUUGAGCAGCCCAUUCUCAGCCCCACAGCCCACCCUGGAGGCUGGAAAGAGGGAGGAUUAAAGUAGGGAAGGGAACCCACAAACCAAAGAUACUGUAGGAUUGGUUCUGACCCACUCGGCACCUCUAGCUGUCUGCCUGAGUGGGUCAGAAGUGAUCGCCCUGUUGAUGCACAUUGUAUCUCUGUAGUUUAAGGAGACGCUGCCGGUAACGGCCGUCGGUCCGUGGCUAAAGCCCAAACCCUCCUUUCUCUCAGGGCGGGGAGGGAGGCCGGGGGAGCAGAGGCCUGGGCUGGGGGCCCUGUGCACGGCCCCCCACCUCCACCCCGUCCCUGGGGUGCCAGUCUUGGCUGGCUAGUUGGGCACCGUGUGCCUGCCCUCCAAGGGCCCCUCCUCUAAGCCAAUGAGGCCUCAUCCGUGCUCUCUCGGACAUGAGGCUUCAUGUUAGUAAGCAAGAUGCUUCUUAAUAACCCACCUGUCCACUCAGUUCGCCUAUCCCAUCACCCCUGCCAGGGGUCCAGAGCCCUCUAUCCCUACCCUCUCUUCCUCCCCCUUCCUCUGCUCUUGGAGUCAUCUCACCCUUCCCCGCAGUAGGGGGAGACACAUGUAAUGUUAAUGUUUUAAGUGGAAAGUCCUUGCCUCCCCAACACAUCAAUAAAGUACAAUGUGAGCCCUUUGAA